CAGAAAUCACAUAUUGGAGCCAGUUGUACUUAUAACUGUUUUCGAAGUGUAAUGCUUACAAGAAGAAUGGUUUUCCCAAACUCCUUCUUCAGCGGAUACAAUCUAUACUAAAUCCCAACUACCAGUCGGAAGUAGGCGUAAAGUUUAGGUUUUCAUGGGACACGUCAGGAGUCCAAACUUUUAAAAGCUCCUUCGUGAAGUAAGAGAGAGAGAAAAAAGUUGGGUCAGAUCUGCUCGCUUUACAAGUGAACUUUAAAAGGACCAAGGCUCUGGAGAAGUCACUCUUUUUUGUUUUGUUUUGUUCUGCAACUAUUGUUUUCUGCCGCAGUUAGAAUUCAAUUUUCAGACAUUUAGAGAAGAUGGGUGACUGGAGUGCUUUAGGAAAGCUGCUCGACAAGGUUCAAGCUUAUUCUACUGCAGGAGGAAAGGUGUGGCUAUCUGUCCUUUUCAUCUUCAGAAUCUGCCUUCUGGGAACUGCAGUGGAGUCAGCCUGGGGAGAUGAACAGUCUGCUUUUACUUGCAACACCCAGCAACCUGGUUGUGAGAAUGUCUGCUAUGAUAAGUCGUUUCCAAUUUCCCAUGUUCGCUUCUGGGUACUGCAGAUCAUAUUUGUCUCUGUUCCAACUCUUAUGUACUUGGCUCAUGUAUUCUAUCUAAUGAGGAAGGAAGAAAGAUAUAACAGAAAAGAAGAAGAGCUUAAGGAAUUGCAGAAAGAAGGUGGUGAUGUUGAUAUACAUCUGAAGCAACUAGAAGUUAAGAAAUAUAAGCAUGGCAUAGAAGAACAUGGCAAGGUGAAAAUGAGAGGAGGACUGCUGUGUACCUAUGCAAUGAGCAUAUUAUUUAAAUCUAUUUUUGAGGUUGCCUUCCUACUUAUCCAGUGGUACUUGUAUGGCUUUACUUUAAAUGCACUUUACACUUGUGAAAGAGAUCCCUGUCCACAUAAGGUAGACUGUUUCCUUUCUCGUCCAACUGAGAAAACCAUCUUUAUAAUUUUUAUGUUAGUGGUUUCAUUGGUGUCUCUUUUCUUAAACAUCAUAGAGCUAUUUUAUGUUUUCUUCAAAAGUAUGAAAGAUCGGGUAAGCAACAAAAGUGACCCUUAUUCAGGUGCUAACAUGAGCCCAGCCCCUAAAGUAUGUAAGUCUCCAAAUUAUGCUUACUGCAAUGGUUGUGCUUCUGCUACAGGACCGAUGUCUCACUUGUCUCCUCCGGGAUACAAGCUUGCUACAGGAGAAGGGAAUAGCUCCUCAUGUCGUAACUACAACAAGCAAGCCAGUGAGCAGAACUGGGCCAAUUUCAGUGCUGAACAAAAUCGAAUAGAACAGGCUGGCAGUACGAUCUCUAACACACAUAUUCAGCUCUUUGACUUCCCAGAUAAUCAACAGGAACGAAGAAAACCAACACCUGGAUAUGACCUACAGCCUCUAAAUCUGCUGGACCACAGACCAGCCAGCAGGGCCAGCAGCCGAGCAAGCAGCAGACCUCAUCCAGGUGAUCUGGAAGUUUAAUUUUAAUGUCUGCUGUACUAUUGCAAACAUUGUAUUUGUUGUAUUCAGAUGGAGGUACUUUCAGUAUUCUUAACACGGAGACCCGAUAAACACUGAUUUAGUUGUUUCUUUUCUCCUGUGAGGUACAAGAAUACUUUAAAAAAGUGAAAGACUAUGAUUAAAUAAAUUCUUAAAGACAUAAACAGAAAAAAAACACUGAACAUAGACUUUUUCAUUGAGCAUAAGAGCACCUGAAGCAAAAUCAUCCUUGUACCAAGUGCUUUAUAUCAGUUUUACUGGAAAGGUACAGAUUAGAAAAGUUUUAUUUUAACAUGCUGUGAUCUUGUACUUACAUCCCUGCCAAGGAUAUUUCAUUUAAAUGUUGCACUUUGAAACCUAAUAUAAAUAUUUUUACUAGUCGGUAUUCCUGACUAAAACAUAAACUGGAUUGUGGAAAUCUAGUAAUUUCCUUUAAAAAGGCCUAAUCAAAGCUCAGCAUUUGUUUUUAUUUGUCUUAACAGGUAGCAGACAGGCAGACAGACAGAGAUACACAUUAGGCAGAUGCAACUUGUAAUACCAUACACACACACACACACACACACACACACACACACACACACACACACACACACACACACACACACACACACACACACACACUGAUGGUAAAAUUUGCAAGCCCCAGAGCUAUGAAAUGGUUUUGCUGAACAGUACAUUUGGUGAACCAAAAAGGGAGGCUUUUUUUCCAGGAGGCAACCCCCCACACCUCCACACCUCCCUUGUUGGAGGGAGAGCCCCUACACCACCUAACUUCUGUAUACAGACUUCAUGGUCACACAACAGUGGAGAAAGAGCAAAGAUGAUUUCUCUGAAUCUAUGUUUUUAAUACACUAGUAAAGUUGUCACAUUCCUAUGUGUACAUAUACAUAUGCAUAUAUACCCACACAUAUAUAUGUAUGGGUGUAUACAUUUCUCUUUCAGAAACAAUGCUGGUAACUCAAACUAGAUGCGUUUCUUUUUUCUCAUGAAGUAUCAAUAUUAUUUGGGUGGUUAGUUUUGAAAUGUAUUAGGCGGAGGCUUGAAAGGGUUACCAGCAAUAAUGACCAAUAGUGGCUAGUGGUCAGUCUUUGUAACACAGGAGCAGUUUGUGAGAUUCAGUAAGCUGGAGUAAUACUGGGCCAAAGUACUUAAAAUAGCCAAUAAAUAGUCUGAGAUGUGAAAAAAAUUAGAUUUUGAUUUUUAGCAUCUACUUGUAAAUAAUUUCAAAAUAACAAUACAUGUUAUUGUUCCUAAUUCAAUGCAGUAUGUUGAGUUUAGGUUCUGACAAAAGAUUUGUGGAAUUGUGUGUUAAAAUUUGAUUAUUUGUGCAGCAGAAAUGCUUCACUCUGAUUCAACAUGUCUUCUUAUGCUGGACUUAAAGUGUGCAAUUCCAUUGUGAAGUGGAGCAGGGUAAACAAGGAAUUCAUAUCAUGGAUUAUGGGAAAACAUGUAUUCUUUAAAAGUCAGAUAAAAUGGUUAACUCUUGUAGAGACUCUGGAUUCCAUGGUAGAGAGUACAAGCUAUCAGACCAUUAAUCAUACAUUUCGGAGUUCCGUGGUUAUGGUCAUUUUGUAUUUUUGUAAGAAAUAUGUGUUAUCGUAUUUGCACUGAAUUUCUUUUUGGAAUAAAAAAAAAGAUACUGAACAUUUUUUAUGAACCAAAUGUGCUUAUAGCUUAUUUAUUUGUUAAAUAGAGUAAAGAAAACUUGAUCACAUCACAACUGAUAAAUCAUAGCCAGCUUUUAUUACAACUUAAUUAUUAAAAGUAGACUUCUUCAUUUGCAUAACACAUGUUCAGAAUGGUUUUGACCACUACAACAUUAUUACAGUUUGUUUCACAUUCCGUAUGAAUUACUUAUGUACAGCUUUACUGCAUGUCAGAAACCACUGCCGAAUGGAUCUUGUUUUCUGUGGAUCAUUAUAAAUAAUAAAAUGUGGAAUUUGUAAAGUU